UGCUUACAAGUUCUAUCCACUUAGCCAACCUCUUCCCUUUAUAUAUUUCCACCUUCCCUCCCACGUCUUUCAGCUCAAAAUACAACAUAUACAAAGGCUAAAUAGCGAAAAGAAAACCAAAGAUGAUGAGUGUUGGUACAUAUGGCUACCCUGCACCGACCACCAACAAGCCUGUUGCUGUCUAUGACGCUCCUGAAGGGGUGGACAUUCGCGGUCGCUAUGAUGAAGAGUUUGCCAAGAUCCUUACCAGGGAUGCGUUGCAAUUCGUCGCGGAUUUGCAACGAGAGUUUAGAAACCGCAUCAAGUAUGCAAUGGAGUGUCGAAGGGAAGCCAAAAGGAGAUAUAAUGAGGGGGCCUUGCCAGGAUUUGAUCCGGCAACAAGGUAUAUAAGGGAAGGGGAUUGGACUUGUGCUCCUGUCCCUCCGGCGGUGGCUGAUCGGAAGGUGGAGAUUACUGGCCCAGUGGAGAGGAAAAUGAUCAUCAAUGCUCUCAACUCGGGAGCUAAAGUUUUCAUGGCUGACUUUGAAGAUGCUCUCUCACCAAGCUGGGAGAAUUUGAUGAGAGGACAUGUUAACUUAAGGGAUGCUGUCAAUGGGACUAUAAGCUUCCAUGACAAGGACAGGAACAGAGUUUACAAGCUCAACGAUCAGAUAGCUAAGCUCUUUGUCCGUCCACGAGGUUGGCAUCUACCCGAGGCUCACAUUCUCAUUGACGGUGAACCUGCAACUGGUUGCCUUGUGGAUUUUGGCCUCUAUUUUUACCACAACCACUCCGCAUUCCGCCGGACCCAGGGUUCAGGUUAUGGCCCUUUCUUCUAUCUCCCUAAAAUGGAGCAUUCAAGGGAAGCUAAGAUAUGGAACUGUGUUUUCGAGAGGGCAGAGAAGAUGGCAGGAAUAGAAAGAGGAAGCAUUAGGGCCACUGUUCUAAUUGAAACACUUCCGGCCGUUUUCCAAAUGAAUGAAAUCCUCUAUGAACUAAGGGAUCAUUCUAUUGGAUUGAACUGUGGAAGAUGGGAUUACAUUUUCAGCUAUGUCAAGACGUUCCAGGCUCACCCAGAUCGCUUGUUACCAGACAGGGUUCAGGUUGGCAUGACUCAACACUUUAUGAAGAGUUACUCUGAUCUCCUAAUCUGGACAUGCCACAGGCGUGGUUUGCAUGCCAUGGGAGGCAUGGCAGCUCAGAUUCCAAUUAGAGAUGAUCGAGAGGCAAAUGAGGCGGCACUAGAACUCGUGAGAAAGGACAAGCUAAGAGAGGUCAGAGCAGGGCAUGAUGGAACAUGGGCAGCACAUCCUGGACUUAUCCCAGUCUGCAUGGAAGUUUUCACAAACAACAUGGGAAAUAUCCCCCACCAGAUUCAGGUCAUGAAACGAGAAGAUGCUGCAAAUAUAACAGAGGAAGACCUGUUACAGCGACCUCGAGGAGUGCGUACCAUGGAAGGUCUCCGCCUGAACACCAGGGUUGGGAUCCAGUACUUGGCUGCAUGGCUCACUGGAACAGGCUCCGUGCCUCUUUACAACCUGAUGGAAGAUGCUGCCACUGCUGAGAUUAGCAGAGUCCAGAAUUGGCAAUGGCUAAAGUAUGGAGUGGAGUUGGAUGGAGAUGGGCUUGGAGUGAAAGUGAGCUAUGAUUUGUUUUGGAGAGUGGUGGAAGAAGAGAUGGCUAGGAUUGAAAGAGAGGUGGGCAAAGAAAAGUUUAAGAAGGGAAUGUACAAGGAGGCUUGCAAGAUGUUCACCAGGCAAUGCACAGCACCAACAUUGGACGAUUUUCUGACCUUGGAUGCCUAUAAUAAUAUAGUGACCUAUUACCCAAAGGGAUCAUCCAGGCUCUGAGCAAGUUUCAUUGCCACUUCUCAUUCUGUUGGAAGCAGUAACAAUAUUAUCCAAGCUGAAAAAAAGAACGGUGUUGGGAGAGUUAUUUUUCGAAAACGGUAACGUACGGAUAGUGCUGGAGCUGAUUUCGGUUUUGCCUCUGCACAAACGGUGCGUUUUAGUGGCUAUACUGGGCUAUGUCUUUCACUGGGCCCUGCCCAAACUGGCAGAUUUGCGGCUCCCAAGCCCCAGUGAAUAUGAUCUCAUUCAGCAAACGAAGUUAAAUUACUGGAUUGUCCUUCUGACAUGUCUUAACAUUUCAGGCAUCUCCCCUCUAUUGUUUUUAUAAUAUUAUUGUUGAGCCA